AUGGCGACGUCAACCACUCCAGCGUCAAACGACAGUCACCAACGAAGCACUUCUCACUCCCGCACACGAUCCGGCGCAAUCCCUUCGCGACCAACGACACCCCUCAGACCACCAUCACGAACGAGUCUCCGAGCAUCACAGUCUACUCCAACAGCUGGCGCAAGUAUCGGUGGCAAUGACUUUCCUCUCGCAGUGUUGGAGCCCGCAUUCGGCGAGUUCAGCGAUGCAAUGGCAGAUCUCGAAGCGAACAUGAUGCACUUGCAAUUGCUCCAUGAGAGCAUUGGACGCUUCAACGAGAACUUUGGCGCGUUUCUGUACGGCAUGAACAUGAGUGCCUUCUGUGUGGACUUUCCUGAGGCACCCAUCCCCCAAUCCUUUCAACGACAUCAAGACCACGCCGCAGACCAACUCCGAAAUUCUCCCUUCCCAAAGCAGACACGACCCCCCGAUCGAGAUGCAGAAGCGACUUUCCUGACGACAGAUACGAGCUUUAUCGAGAACCCGCCGGAGACUGCCAAGAAGCCGGCGAGCAGCAAGUUCAGCUCCGCGCCUUCGUCUACCGCGACAUCAAGGCACAGGGAGGCUAUGGCUCAAGCCCAGGCGAGAGGCGCUGCUGUGAGAGGACGAGCGGCAGGAAGUGGUAUUGCGAGAGGGACGAGCGGGCGGGGAGGGCGAGGUGGUGGGAUACCGAGAGCGGGGAGUGGGAUUGCUAGGGGUGCAGGAAGGGGUAGGGGGAGUGUGAGAUGA